AUGCGGCACCUCCUCAACCUCCCACCCGAGCUCCUAAUACUAAUCACCGAAACUCUCCCUGUCUAUGAUGUCCUCAAGCUCCGAUUAACCUGUGCAUACCUCUUCGACCAGAUUCCCCGCGCUUCCCAUACCCAGCUCCUACAGGCCGAAACAACAGAAUGGGCUCGCCACAAAGACAUCUACGCCUGUCGCUACUGCUUACGUCUGCGCCCGGCGCGUGAGUUUGCCGAUAGAAUGCUACGACGUCGACGAAGCCGAUACGGCGCCGACAGUGACAAGCGGUUCUGUAUCGAGUGCGGGCUGAAGCCGCGGGAGGGUAUGGCUCGGUAUGGCCCCGGUGCGCAGAUAGCCAUUCAAGGACGAGUCUUUGUCAUUUGUCUUUCUUGUCGGCACUUUCGUCUGGGUGCUUACGAUCGGUAUGGACGAAGUACGUUGGAAUGCGCAUCGUGUUGGCGGGAGCACUGUCCGCGGGAAUUGUACAAUUUACCCUCCUUGGAUAAGACACAUGUGCGGCACGAAUGA